AUGCGUCCUUCCAAUCUCUUUUCCUUCAGUUUCCUAAGCAGCCUCACCUUGGCAUGUUCCCUUCACAGCUCCGGAGAUCCUCCCUCAACAUCCAACAGCCGCAGAUUCACUCCUAACCCUUCUACACGAACAGCCAUUCAUGGCAUCCACAUCUUUAAUGGCAAGACUUUCACUACUCCUCAAACCAUCUGUCUAGACAACGGUCUCAUUACAUCCUUGGAGUCCUGCCCAGAUGCUCCCGUUCAAAUCAAUGGCACAGGCAAAUUUCUCCUCCCAGGUCUCUUCGACUCCCACGUGCAUCUCUCAGACGUCCAUUCUCUCGAAGACUUUACUUCCUACGGCUGCACAACCGCCAUGCACAUGAACUGUCAGAACCUAACACAAUGCGAUAUCUUGACUUCCCAAGAAGGUCACGGUCUCGCUUCUGUUAAACGUGCUGGACGGUCAAGUGUGGGUAUCAAUAGUUCCCAUGCGAAGCAUGAACCGAUGAGGCCCAAGGAUGAAUUCAUUUAUCCGAACACAAGUGGAAAAGCGUUCGCAGAGUGGCAGUUUGGAAAUGGGAGUGACUUUCACAAGAUCACUGCUGAAGUCAAUGGACCGACUCUGGGGCAGCAGAUUGAUAUGGUCAAGACUGCGCAUGGGGAGUUUGGAAAGCAGACUAUGACACAUGCUGCGGAUGUUCUGGCUUAUCAGCAAGCUAUCGCUUCUCGAACUGAUGGAAUUCAGCAUGUGCCAGAUGAUGGUCUGCUGUCCGACGCCAUGAUUCGAAGAAUCAAGGCUCAAAACCAAUUCGUCACACCGACACUCAACAUCUACGAGUUCGGCUUCCGCGAUCCCCUCCUACAGAAGUACUUUAGCAUCCAACCCACCUCCAACCAGUCCAUCGACCACGCAGAAACCAAUGCCAAAGCUUUAUACAAAGCUGGCGUUCCUCUCAUCGUCGGAACAGACUCCAUUGGAAAACUGACCAUGAACGGAAGUUCUGUCGAGGUUCCAUUAGGACUCAGUGUUCAUUUCGAAAUGCAGAACCUCGUUAAUAUUGUGGGUAUGUCACCUGCUGAGGCUAUCAGCGCGGCUACGAGAGAUGCUGCGGAAUGGCACCGAGUGCCGGAUCGAGGUGCGAUUGAGGUUGGGAAGAGAGCUGAUCUAUUGAUGCUUGGGUCUAAUCCUUUGGUGAAUAUUACGAAUACCCUGGAUAUUGAGAAGGUUUGGGCGCUUGGGGUUGAGGUAUCGCGGGUUACGAAACGCGAUGGGGAUGAGAUGGGCAAUCCUGCAUGUACUGCAGGACGAGUCUGA